CCUUAACCAUUGGGGAACCUUGUGUGAUUUUCACUGAAAUAUUUGACUUCUCUCAUUCCCUACCAAUCCCCACUCAUGAAGACUAUUGGUGUUGAUCAAAUAGCACGCGAGUUUAUAAGUUAUUUAUCAUUUAUUUGUGUAGAUCGGCUAUUUCAAAGGAAAACAAGUCAGUUCACCUUAUACUGUAGACGCACGCGUAUCGCCGCUUCACUCUCCAGUCCAGCGGGUGGCGCUAAACACACACGUUUGUUUGACAAACACCAUUACACCUCAGAGGAAGAUCAGUUUCACCGCGCUCUCUGUUGUUUUGUCGUGAUGAUGGCUUAAUAGAAACUGUUAGAAUGUUGUUUCUGUAAAAGCGAAAUACAGUUUUGAAUCAGGUCAAUAAAUAUCUGGAGGAGUAUCAUCUGAACUGAGAUCUGCUGCUGUGAAGAUGAUGUUUGUUAAAGAGGAGAGUGAAGAGAACACGAGUGAACCAGAAACCUGGAGAAUAAAACAAGAGGAACCAGAAACCUGGAGAAUAAAACAUGAGGAACAAGGAGGCCUGAUGAAAAUGAAAGAAGAAAGACAAGAUCGGAAUGAGGUGGAGGAGAAAUAUCAGGAUCAGAAAGAUCAUGAGGUCAAUGAAGAAAAAUCAGCGAGUUGCAGCAUUCAACAAACAGAAGUCAAAAGGUCUUUCAGCUGCUCUCAGUGUGGGAACACUUUCACAUGUAACAGAAAUCUUAAGAAUCACAUGUUAAUUCAUGCUGGAAUAAAGUCUUUCAGCUGCACUCAGUGUGGAAAGAGUUUUACACAGAAAGGACAACUUAAUGGUCAUUUGGUAUCUCACACUUCAGAAAAGCCUUUCAGCUGCUCUCAGUGUGGAAACACUUUCAGACGUAAAGAAUACCUUAAGAAUCACAUGUUAAUUCAUGCAGGAAUAAAGCCUUUCAGCUGCUCUGAGUGUGGAAAGAGUUUUACACAUAAAGUAAGCCUAGAGAAGCACAUGUUAAUUCAUACUGAGAUAAAGCCUUUCAUCUGUUCUCAGUGUGGAAAGAGUUUUAUAUAUAAAUCAAGCCUUAAAACUCACAUGUUCGUUCAUACUGAGAUAAAGCCUUAUACCUGCUCUCAGUGUGAAAAGAGUUUUACAUAUAAAUCGUCCCUUACGGCUCACAUGUUCGUUCAUACUGAUAUAAAGCCUUUCAGCUGUGCUCAAUGUGGAAAGAGUUUUACACAGAAAAGACUGCUUGAGAAUCAUUUGGUAACUCACUCUUCAGAAAAGCCUUUCAGCUGCUCUCAGUGUGGAAAGAGUUUCACAAGUGAAGGAUACCUUAAGAGGCACAUGUUAAUUCAUACUGUAAUAAAGCUUUUCAGCUGCUCUCAGUGUGGAAAGACUUUUAUAAAUAAAUCAAGCCUUAAGAGGCACAUGUUAAUUCAUGCUGGGGAAAAGCCGUUUUCCUGCUGUCAGUGUGGAAAGAGUUUUAGAGAGAAAUCAAGCCUAAAGACGCACAUGUUAAUUCAUGCUGGGAAAAGGCCUUUCUCCUGCUCUCAAUGUGGAAAGACUUUUAGAUAUAGAUCACACUAUAAUGGUCACAUGUUAAUUCAUGCUGGGAAAAAGCCUUUCUCUUGCUCUCAGUGUGGAAAGAGUUUUACAUAUAAAUCAAGCCUUAGGAGGCACACAUUAAUUCAUUUUGGGAUAAAGUCUUUCAGCUGCUCUCAGUGUGGAAAGAGUUUUACACAGAAAGGAGACCUUGAGACUCAUUUGGUGUCGCACACUUCAUAAAAGCCUUUCAUCUGCCCUCAAUGUGGAAAGUCUUUGGCAUGUAAAGGAUAUCUUGAGACUCACAUGUUAAAAGGGUCAUCGAAUGCAAAAAGUUUAUAUGAUUCUUUAGGGUCUUAAUAAAAAGUCAAUAACAUACUUUGGUUAAAAUUUUUCAAUUGUAGUGUAAAACAACACCAAUUUUACCCUGUCAAAAACAGCUCUGUUCACAGCGAGCCGUUUUGGUGCAUGUUCCAUUAAAUGCUAAUGAGCUUAGCUCACCCCGCCUCUCGCUUCAGUGGGGCGACAAGCCACUCUCAUGAGACUGUAAACUUUAGCCACAGAACUUGCUAACUAGCACAUUAUUAGGGAAGGCGAUUUGCAAAGAUUAAAAAAAAAAAAAAACUCAUUCUUCUGUUGGAGAAGCUGGAUCACAAAUGAUUUGC